ACAAAAAUGAACUCUCUUGUUGAAUGUUGAGUAUAAAACUGGCAACGCAUCUCCAUACGGCACCUAUUUUCACAUAUCUCUCUUCUCUCCUCUCCCUUCCUUCUUGAAAAUGGAGAUAUCGGUUACAUCCAUCGUAUUCUCCUUUGUUUUUGCGGCCCUUUUAGCUUCUGUAUGGUCUCUUCUGGAUUGGAUUUGGUUGAAGCCGAAGAAGCUGGAGAUGUUGCUGAGACAACAAGGUUUCUCUGGCAACUCAUACAAACUUCUUCACGGUGACACAAAAGAGAUGUACAUGGUGUCAAAACAAGCAAAAAUUAGACCCAUCAGCCCCGUCUCCCACGAUAUUGCGCAGCGAAUCAUUCCAUUCCACCAUCGUAUCAUCACGAACUACGGAAAGAAUUCGUUCAUAUGGUUAGGCCCAACACCAAGCAUAAACAUCACGGACCCCAAAUUGAUAAGAGAAAUAAUGUUAAGGUGUGACAUAUUUCAAAAACCCAAGAGGAGCCCACUUAGCAAAUUGGUAUUCAGCGGGAUGGUGAUGUAUGAGGGUGAACAAUGGUUCAGAGUCAGAAAGAUAGCCAACCCAGCUUUCCAUCUAGACAAGUUGAAGAAUAUGUUACCUAAAAUGUAUUUGAGUUGCAAUGAGAUGAUAAGCAAGUGGAAGAGCACAAUCGCAAAUGAAGAAUCUCGUGAGUUAGACAUAUGGCCUGACAUUAAGACUUUAACAGCAGAUGUGAUUUCUCAGACAGCAUUUGGUAGUAGUUUUAAAGACGGAAGAAAAAUAUUCGAACUCAUAACGGAACAAAUUAACCUUUUGAUUCAAGUUUUCUACUUCUUCCACAUCCCUGGAUGGAGGUUUUUGCCCACUCAAGCCAAUAGAAAAUUGAAAAGUAAUAACAUAGAAAUUAUAGAAUUGAUAAGAGGCAUCAUAAAGAAAAGAGAGGAGGCACUGAAAGUUGGAGAAGCAAGUAGUGAUGAUUUAUUGGGUUUAUUAGUGGAAUCAAAUCAUAGAGAAAUUCAAGAGCAUGGGAAUAAAGAAAGUGGAAUGAGUAUUGAAGAGGUGAUUGAGGAAUGCAAACUUUUUUAUCUUGCUGGACAAGAGACUACUGCAAGUUUGAUUGUAUGGACGAUGAUUUUGUUGUGUAUGCAUCAAAAUUGGCAAGAACGAGCAAGAGAAGAAGUUUUCCAAGUUUUCGGGAACAAAGAACCGCAAUUUGAUGAGUUAAACCGCUUGAAAGAAGUAAACAAAAUUAUCCACGAGGCACUGAGGUUAUAUCCACCAGGAGCUUUGUUUACCCGAGCAACUAUGAAGGAGUUCAAAUUGGGGGAAAUGAAAAUACCAUCUGGAGUUUUAAUUGCAUUACCAAUGAUUCUAGUUCAUCAGGAUGAAGAAUAUUGGGGAGCGGAUGCAAAGGACUUCAAUCCUGAUAGAUUUUCCCAGGGUGUUUCAAAGGCAUCAAAGAAUGAUCAAGUCCCAUUCUUCCCAUUUGGUUGGGGUCCUAGAAUAUGCAUUGGACAAAACUUUGCAUUACUAGAAGCAAAACUAGCUUUAACAAUGAUUGUGCAGAAUUUCUCUUUUCAACUUUCUCCAACAUAUGUUCAUGCCCCAGCUCGUGGUGUAACUAUACAACCACAACAUGGUGCUCACAUGAUCUUACGCAAGAUUUAGUAUUAUAUUUAGUAUUAUAUAUAGUCUGUUGGGGACAGAGUUGUUGGUUAACUGAUCACUUUAGUGUAUGGUUACCCAUUUUAAGUGUAACAGAAAUAUUAUCAAGUUGUUUAAGACAUUUUCAAUUUAA